GCAGGCACCUCCCACCGCUGCCUCCCCUAAUUUCCAAGUCCCCAGGCUGUCGCCCAGACUCCUUGUCGCAUCUCUGCAGAGGAGUCUCGUCCCUCUCCGAAGUAGCCGGUGUGGACAAUGGAAGCGGAUCCAGCCAUGGCCACUCCCUCCGCUGCCUUUGAGGCCCUGAUGAAUGGAGUGACGAGCUGGGAUGUGCCCGAGGAUGCCACCCCCUGCGAGCUGCUGCUCAUCGGCGAGGCGGCCUUCCCGGUGAUGGUGAAUGACAUGGGGCAGGUGCUGAUCGCGGCCUCGUCCUACGGCCGAGGCCGCCUGGUGGUGGUGUCCCACGAGGACUACCUGGUGGAGACCCAGCUCUCGCCCUUUCUCCUCAAUGCUGUGGGCUGGCUCUGCUCCUCCGCUGGGGCUCCGAUCGGGGUGCACCCUUCCCUGGCACCCCUGGCCAAAAUCCUCGAGGGUGCCGGCUUGGAGGCGAAGAUCGAGUCAGAAGUGAACGACUCCCUCGGGGUUUACUGCAUCGACGCCUACCAUGAAACCAUGACGGAGAAGUUGGUCCAGUUCAUGAAACGCGGUGGCGGCUUGCUCGUGGGCGGCCAGGCGUGGGACUGGGCCAACCAGGGCGACGACGAGAGGGUUCUCUUUACGUUUCCGGGCAACCUGGUGACCAGCGUGGCCGGCGUGUACUUCACCGAUAACAAAGGGGACACGAGUUUCUUUAAAGUGUCCAAGAAGAUGCCCAAGAUCCCAGUCCUGGUUAGCUGUGAGGAUGACCUCUCGGAGGACAGAGCGGAGCUCCUGCACGGCAUCUCGGAGCUGGACAUCACCAACUCGGACUGCUUCCCGUCGCAGCUGCUGGUGCACGGGGCCUUGGCCUUCCCGCUGGGCUUGGAUUCCUACCACGGCUGUGUCAUCGCGGCCGCCCGCUACGGCCGGGGCCGGGUGGUGGUGACCGGCCACAAGGUCCUGUUCACCGUCAGCAAGCUGGGCCCCUUCCUGCUCAACGCCGUGCGCUGGCUGGACGGGGGUCGCCGGGGCAAGAUCGUAGUGCAGACGGAGCUGCGGGCCCUGAGCAGCUUGCUGGCCGUGGGCGGCGUGGAGGCCAGCAUCGAGCCGAACCUCACCAGCGAUGCCAGCGUCUACUGCUUCGAGCCCAUGAGCGACGUGGGGGUCAAGGAGCUGCAGGAGUUCGUGGCCGAGGGCGGGGGCCUGUUCGUGGGCGCCCAGGCCUGGUGGUGGGCCUUCAAGAACCCGGGCGUGUCCCCGCUGGCCCGGUUCCCCGGCAACCUGUUGCUCAACCCCUUUGGCAUCAGCAUCACCAGCCAGAGCCUCAACCCGGGCCCCUUUCGCACCCCCAAGGCCGGGAUCCGGACCUACCACUUCCGCUCCACGCUGGCCGAGUUCCAGGUCAUCAUGGGCCGCAAGCGUGGGAACGUGGAGAAGGGCUGGUUGGCCAAGCUGGGCCCCGACGGUGCCGCCUUCCUGCAGAUCCCCGCCGACGACGUCCCGGCCUACAUGUCCGUGCACCGGCUUCUCCGCAAGCUGCUGAGCCGCUACCGGCUGCCGGUGGCCACGCGCGAGAACCCCGUGAUCAAUGAUUGCUGCCGGGGUGCCAUGCUGUCCCUGGCCACCGGGCUGGCCCACUCGGGCAGCGACCUGGCCCUCUUGGUGCCCGAGAUCGAAGAUAUGUACAGCAGCCUCUACCUGCGACCCUCAGAAACGCCCAUCACCGUGGACGUCAACUGCAACAACCCAGGCACCAGGUAUUGCUGGAUGAGCACCGGGCUCUACAUCCCCGGGAGGCAGGUCAUUGAGGUCUCCCUGCCCGAGGCUGCGGCGUCCGCGGAUCUAAAGGUGCAGAUCGGCUGCCACACCGAUGACCUGACCAGGGCCAGCAAGCUGUUCCGGGGCCCGCUGGUCAUCAACCGCUGCUGCCUGGACAAGCCCUCCAAGUCCAUCACGUGCCUGUGGGGCGGCCUCCUCUACAUCAUCGUGCCUCAGAGCAGCAAGCUGGGCUCUGUGCCCAUCACCGUCAAGGGCGCCGUGCACGCGCCCUUCUACAAGCUGGGGGAGACAACGCAAGAGGAGUGGAAGCGACGGCUCCAGGAGCACCCAGGCCCUUGGGGGGAGCUGGCCACGGACAACAUCAUCCUGACGGUGCCCACGGCCAACCUCCGCACGGUGGAGAACCCGGAGGCCCUGCUGCGUCUGUGGGACGAGGUGAUGCAGGCCGUGGCACGCCUGGGGGCCGAACCCUUCCCGCUGCGCCUGCCCCAGAGGAUCGUGGCCGACGUGCAGAUCUCAGUCGGCUGGAUGCACGCAGGGUACCCAAUCAUGUGUCACCUGGAGUCGGUGCAGGAGCUCAUCAACGAGAAGCUCAUCCGGACCAAGGGGCUGUGGGGGCCGGUGCACGAGCUGGGGCGCAACCAGCAGCGGCAGGAGUGGGAGUUCCCCCCGCACACCACCGAGGCCACCUGCAACCUUUGGUGCGUGUACGUGCACGAGACGGUGCUGGGCAUCCCCCGGAGCCGUGCCAACAUUGCCCUGUGGCCCCCGGUGCGGGAGAAGAGAGUCCGCAUCUACCUGAGCAAGGGCCCCAACGUGAAGAACUGGAAUGCGUGGACAGCACUGGAGACCUACCUGCAGCUCCAGGAGGCCUUUGGGUGGGAGCCUUUUAUCCGCCUCUUCACCGAGUACCGCAACCAGACCAACCUGCCCACAGACAACGUUGACAAAAUGAACCUGUGGGUGAAGAUGUUCUCUCACCAAGUGCAGAAGAACCUGGCGCCGUUCUUUGAGGCCUGGGCCUGGCCCAUCCAGAAGGAAGUGGCAACCAGCCUGGCCUACCUACCUGAGUGGAAGGAAAAUAUAAUGAAACUGUACCUCCUCACACAGAUGUAAGGAGUGCCCAGCGAGGUGGCAGGCCCCACUGAAAUUGAAGUCAAGACAUGCAAAAGCCAACUGACACCUCUCAGCCAAGCAAACAGAGAAGAUUUGGUUCUAAGCGAAGAAGAACUCAACCCAGGCCAGCCGGAGCAGGAUAGUGGACACGCGGGAAAGCAUCUUCCAGGCAGGACAUAAGCUGAUCCGAAUCACACGACCCCCAAGAGACCUGGGCACGCGAAGAGGCUUAUCUGUUAGCGAGUCAAAUGAGUUGUGAAGCUGAACCCCACUGAACCCCUCGACCCCACUUUCGUGCUCAGAACACAGGCAGUGUAUUGCUACCGGUUUCAAGUCCCUUGUCACUGUUAUUGUCAUGGUGUUUUUUGCUGUUGUUGUUUGUAUAAAGGAACUGAAUAAACUGCCUGAGGAGAGGUAGGAGUUGGUGCUCCAGAAUAAAAAUCUUUCUUUCUUUCUUUUU